AUGUUGUUGAUAUCGCUCCUUCUGCUGGCUUUGCAGCCACUGCUUGCUUUUGCUGCCUGGGGAUACACGGAUGAUGGGUCUAAUUAUGUAAUUGAUACCGGGGCCAGUCUCGUCUUCAAAGUUUCCAAGACAAAUGGAGACAUCAACUCUAUGGUUUAUAAUGGCGUCGAAUACGAGGGAUACCAGGGCAAGCACUCUCACGUCGAGUCUGGCCUCGGAACAUCUACAGUCACCAUUAAUUCCUAUAGCAGCCCAGCAUACAUUAUCAAGGUCACAGUUACAUAUGGGACUCUUCAGCACAUUAUCGUGGCACGCUAUGGCAACAAUAACAUCUAUCUACUCACAAACAAGGGCGACUCUUCAGUAGCUGCAUCUCGUUUCAUUGUCCGUUUGAAGCCAAAUGUUCUUCCACACGACUCGAGCAUGUCAGAUUUCUAUGACGACGCUAGCACAACCAUUGAAGCGUCAGAUAUCACUCAGAAUUCUCUGGGUUAUACUAAGAGCAAACACUAUCAGGGUAGCAACUAUGGGAGAGUCAUCGAUUUCGAUUAUGUUGGAAAGACCACCGGCAGUGUGGGCAUCUGGCUUAUUCGCUCAAAUCACGAGAAAGCAUCUGGAGGUCCCUUCUUCCGCUCUCUUGUCCGAGGCUGCACGACUAUUGCCGAAGAUUUAUACGAAAUUCUUUUCUACUCCAUGGGACACACGGAUGCCGAACGUUGGGGCUUGCAAGGCCCUUACGUUCUAUCCUUCACCGAUGGCGGCACUCCAAACACUGCGCUCUUUGCCAGAAACGCGGAUUGGUCAUGGUUUGAUACACUUGGCAUCACUGGGUGGGUUGCCGACUCAGCACGUGGAGCCGUUGCCGGUGUGGGAAUAGCCAAUAUGAAGAGCGGAUAUACAUAUGUUGUUGCGUUGGCAAAUACCAACUAUCAGUACUGGGGAACUGCAGCCUCUAGUGGCGGUGCUUGGAGCAUCAAGAGAGUUGUUCCAGGAACAUACACAUUGACGGUAUACAAGGGUGAAUACGCAGUGUAUACUGCUAGUGUUACUAUCAGUGCUGGCUCAACCCUGGCUUUGAACACUAUCACUCCCAACCUGGACCCUUCGGAUGUUACCGCUAUAUGGAGAAUUGGUGAUUGGGAUGGCACUCCUGGUGGAUUCUUGAACUUCGAUACCACCCCGUGGAAGCCAACUUAUAUGCAUCCUAGUGACCCCCGACUUGCUGCUUGGGACUCAUCUAACUUCAUCAUUGGAACAAGCACCACUGCCACCUUCCCUGGAUACAUGUGGAAGGAUAUCAACAACGAUUAUCUUGUUUACUUCAAGUUGACGGCUGCUCAAAUUGCAGCCGCCAAAACCAUCCGAAUUGGUAUCACUGAAGGUUACGCGGGAGGACGCCCUACUAUCGCUGUGAAUAGUUGGACAAGCUCACUUCCCAGUGCGAGUACGCAAGGCAGCACGAGGAGUUUGACAGUGGGAACCUACAGGGGAAAUAACGCGAUGUUUACCUACACUGUUCCAGCAAGUGCGUUCCUCACUGAUACGACACAGUGGAAUAUCCUUAAGAUCACUGUCAUCAGUGGAAGUGGAGCGACCGACUAUUUGAGUGCGGGUAUCUCAAUUGAUUGCGUGGACUUCUAUUAA